AUGUUCUUCUGCCUUGGAGGCCCUGCGAGUGAAGAAAGCAGCGACAGUGAUGAAAGCUCUUCGAUUUGCUCGUCACGUUCGCUGGAUACCGAAUCACACUCAGCGAGGGCAAUAAAAGGAAGACAUGAUGCUGGUCGACACCAAAGAAAACCGCGGGGGAAACGGAAGAAAAAAAAGCACAAGAAACCACGAAAGCCUGUUAAGGAAAAACCUAAAAAAGAACAAUCUGCUUCUACGUCAUCGAGUAAUGAUGACGAUACCAUAAAGGAUGUUGUAAGUAACUGGGGUAAAGAAAUGCCCUACAUCAAAGGUGAAGGGAAGACUUUGAAAUUGAAAAAACGACGCAACCCAGUAGAUGUUUUGCCACUGGCUCCAGAAGACUACCCGGAAUUCGAUUCAUCUCUAGAACAAGAAACGCAAAAACUGGAAGACGAGGAUAUCAACAAAAAUCCGGAAGGCCCUGCAGAAAAGUGUCGAGAUUACGUUGAGAAACGUGACAUUCGGAAGGAAGCUCUGGGAGCUGUUCAGGCGCAUAAGGAAAAAAGUGCUCAAUCUCCUCGUGUAAGUCGUGAGAAAAAAGAAAAGAGUGAUCCUGAGGAUAAACAAGUCGAAAGUGCCUAUUUAGACCCCAUGUUAAGAGAAAAGUUGCGCCCUGAGGAACUGGAAGUCCGACGUCCUCUCCGUAGAUUAAAGCUACCUAAAAAACCACCCCAAGAGCAACUAGCCGCUCCAUUUGAAGAUCGUUUUCUUCUUUUACCAAAGCUUCCUAAAAAACCUAUGCAAGAACAAUUGGCUGCUCCAAUGGAAGGGGUUCCCCUUCAUGGGUCAAAGCUCCCUAAAAAGCUAUCAAAGGAACAACUGAACGCUCCAGUGGAAGACUUCUACGACGUGAAACAUCCAAGAAGAAGGCACUCUUCCAAGGGAAUGCUUUGGAUGGGAGUUCAGCAGCCCUACUCUAAGGAAAAGGUACAAUUUCCUGCAAUAAACAAAGUCGUUCCAUCCAGAGAACAAAAGAAGUUUGACUGUGAACAAAGAGAAAAGGGCUAUGAUGGCGAAAAAAGACAGGUCAAAGCGGGUGUUCCAGUGGAAGAUAAACAGCAAAUGCUGAAACUACGAAAAAGAGAAAGCCAAAAAGGAGCAGACUUGGAACCAAAGCUGGAGCUGGAACGACGGAAAGUUUCGCAUAAUAGAAUGGAGAUCAAUGCCCAAGUGAACCCGCUGUUCAAAAUGGACGGUAGAAAAAACGUUAUCAUACAAAGACGGUCUUCUUCACACGGAGGUUUCUUUCAAACCCCAGUGGCUAAUAAAAUUAAACCAGAAGAAGGCGUGAGAGCUGUUGGAGUUGUCCCAGCAAAACUGCAAGGAAAUAAAGCAGUUGGAACAAAUGGAAACGUACAAAAUGCAUUGAACUGGCCGGUCAAGAACGAACCGCCGCUGAAAAAACCCUGCAAUUUAGAUAUCCACGUAAACACGGAUGAGGAACGCUCCGCUCCCUAA